GAGGGUGAAACAUGUUUUUGUCACUGACAUUAUUAUUGCAGGCGACUAGAAGUUAGGUAGACCUCCAAUUACAUGACAUGGUGUUUUCACACCUUUUUGACUUUGGAGUGAAUGAGUGUGUCCACCAACACAACAUAUACCCAAAGGGAUUCUACUAUAAGAAUGCAUGGAAGGAGCACUAGCCUCUCUGAGAAAACAAGGUUAAUGAGAUCAAUACCACUGACAUGAAAAGAGUUCUGAUGGGAAUGGGAAAGAGGAGUCUUCAUCUCCUUGUGAUUCUAUUGGGCUUUUCUCACCUUAUUGCCUUAAAUGCCACCCCUUUAACAAGGACUCAAAAGAUGUUGCAAGAUCCACAAGGACUGGUGGCUUCGGGCAAUUCGCAAAAGACAACCACUGAGGAAGCAUAUGCAUGGGAGCAUGAAGACAUGAUCAACGGCCGGAUGGAUUUGGAGAGCCAAGAUUAUCCAGGAUCAGGCGCUAAUAAUCGGCACACUCCAAGGUCACCAGGAGGAAAAAACUGAGAAUGAUUUCCAAAUUACACAAUUUUUCUCUAGGUGGUGGUGUUAUUUAAAACAUCCUACUUACAAAACCUCCAAGAACAAGUAUUUGCUCCUUGUGUCCAAACUACAAGUUUAGUAGUCUAAUAGAGAAGUGCCGACCCUUAAAAGUGUAGCAAGAAAGAGUGGCCAUGUUUUGUAAUUUGAAUGGCUUAGCUCGAAUAUAAUGGUAGUUUUUAAUGGUCCAGUUGCUCAUGUAUCCAUAUGAUAGCUGCAGAUGAAUCUUAAGAAAUUAUAAAUAGAUUGAAAAGAGCUUAUUUUGUUGUUCUAA